UAUACCGUAUCCAGUGUUAUAUAUUAGUACUUUUUGCUAAUAAUAUCACUAUUAAAAUCUGUAUCACUACAUCUCAUUAAUGUACACGUAUAUGCCUUUCUAACAACGAUGUCUCUAGCGAUAGUGAUGGCCAGAGGAACUAAUCACUACUCACACUACCUAAUAAUCGUCACAGUACAAAUACACCAAUAGGAUAGAGGUGCGUCAUCAAAACACGGAAUACCCUUAUAUUACACUAGAGAGGAAAUUUUCUCUCUGAUUACACCUUACACCGUGCUUUUGAUAUUGUGGCAAAGAGGAGACUGUUGGUUGCCGUAUAGUCCAUAACAGCAUUUGACACAGAUCAGCUUAGGAUUAAAGAUCGUAAUCGUAUUUUUGAUUUAGUCUACGAUAUAUCAUGGGUUGCGAUGGUGGAACUAUUCCUCGCAGAGAUGAACUCGUAAGAGUCAAAAAGAAACCAGAACAGAAAGAUAAGGAAGCAGAGCUAGCAUUUAAGUGGAGACACUGUACAAUUAAACAAUUACCAUUACAGCCACCAGUUGUUGGUUGUGCUUUAGGUCGUCUUUAUAGUAAAGAAUCUGUAUUAGAAGGCCUCCUUGAUCGAAAUACUCUUCCAGAAUCAGCACAACAUAUUAAAACUUUGAAAGACAUAAAAAACUUAAAUUUAACAUCUAAUCCGGCAUUUGAGGGUAACAAAGCAAAAAAAGGAGAUUGUUAUAUUGAUGAAAGAAAGAGUCCAUAUAUUUGUCCACUUAUUGGACUAGAAAUGAAUGGAAAGUAUAAAUUCUGCUUUUUAUGGUCAUGUGGCUGUGUAAUGAGUGAAAGAGCACUUAAGGAAGUCAGAAGUAAGAUAUGUCAUCAAUGUCAACAGCCUUUUACUGAAACAGAUAUUGUUAUUAUAAAUGCAGAAGGUGAUGAUCUUAAAUUAAUGGAAGAAAAUAUGACCCAACGAAAAACAGCUCAGAAAAGAUCUAAGAAACAGAAACAUAAUGAAGAUAAUCAAAUGCAAGAUGUUAAACAAGAGGAAGUACCAAAGAAAAAAAUGAGAAAAGAGGAGAAAAAUGGUACUGUGAAGGUCAAUAGUAAUAGGACUGAAGCUGAAGAUCCAGCAUAUAAAAAAGUUAAAGAUAAUUACAGUGUUGCUAAAGAUCCCAAAGCAUCAGAAGUAUUCAAAAGUAUUUUUACGACUCAUAAAUCUGCAGCAGAACAAGAUAGGGCACAUUGGGUCACAUAUAAUCCAUUUUAUAAUUAAAAUAUAAUUUUAAUGUAAAUGUUCUAAAAGUAAUUAAUAUUAUGUUUAUAUAAAAAAUAUUAUACUUAAAAUUCGUUGCAAACACAUUGUAAACAUUGAAAUCGUUUCUGUGUCAUUAAUUAAAUAGCUUUGUAUAUAAAAACAGUUUUAUUUAUGGAAUUUUUGUAGCCUAUGUUACGAAGUAGCAACAUUUUUAAGCUAAUAAUAUUAUAUUAUUACUUGUUUGUAACAAAAAUGGAUGAUGAUGUCAUUAUACAAAAUCUAAUAAUUAUUAUAACCACAAGUUAAUAAUAAGUUGAUAAUACAUUUUUUAUAUAUAUA